AUGUUCACCGGCACCACCCAGUAUCUCGAAGUCUACCUCCCAUCGCCAACCACAGUGUCGUUCACCGUCACGACUCGCCGUCCUCGCCGCCCCACGGCGACAUCCACGUCCACGCCCACGUCCAAAUCCAGAUUCAAGCACCGACUCAGAUUCUUCAAAUCCCACAUCCUGACGCUGACGGUUCUGCGACACGUGGUCCGACUUGUACUGGUGUUCUACGCGCUGCUGCUCAACGUUGCUAAGGCUCAACACCACCGCCACCACCACCACCACCAACAAGACACUACCGAACUCAACUGUGCGUUUGACAAAUACGCCCAGCUCGCGCUCCAGCUGAGUCUGGGCGGCGGACUGGUCAAGACGCUUGCCGAGCGGACGGAAUGGUGGAUUCUAGUGCCUUUGAGCUUGGCCGUCAUCUAUUUGUGUUUGAGGAGGGAUUAUGUCGAAGAAUCGCUCUUGGUACUCCAGGGCCUGGGGAUCCAAACGUCCACGAGUUCGCGGUACUUCUUCAUGGGCGCGACCACGACCUUCAUCCCCACGACGCAGAUCCAGGACAUCGUCAUCCAUGAGGCGUUCCAAGGGCUCGCCGUCCGAUUUUAUCUCGCCGUGAUUGUGGAAGGCGCCACAGAGGUCGUGGUUGUUUUUCCGGUAAGACAAGACGCGUUUGUUCCGCGAGGAUCUAUCGAUCAUAUCAUGUCAACUAUAUAG